UUUCAAAUUGGAGAUGUUUAUUUAGAUUGUAUUUAAAUAGCUCCUUUCGUCGUAGUAUACAGCUUUAGAAUCCUGAAUUUUGUUUGUUUCACCUCAAUACCACGUGUUUUCACUUUAUCACGUGCAGUAUGUCGUUGUCUGUGGCCAAAAUGUUUCGAAUUUUGCCCUACCUUCCAUUUCAUUCUCGUGUCUGUCGGAACAGUGUUUAUCACACUUUACAUGUGAAAAAUCAGAUCGAAGAAAGACGGAAACGAGCGAUGUUGGGCGGUGGGGACAAACGAAUAGAAGCUCAACAUAAAAAAGGUAAGCUUACUGCACGCGAACGGAUUCAUUUGUUGAUGGAUGCCGGAAGCUUUGUGGAGUAUGACAUGUUUUCUGAACAUACCUGCACCGACUUUGGGAUGGAGAAAGAAAAGUACCCGGGUGACAGUGUCAUCACAGGGCAUGGCCUCAUUCAUGGCCGCAAAGCGUACAUCUUCAGCCAAGAUUUUACAGUGUUUGGUGGAAGCCUGUCUUCUGUCCAUGCAAAGAAGGUUUGUAAGGUGAUGGACCAGGCCAUCCUGGUGGGUGCCCCAGUCAUCGGCAUCAACGAUUCCGGUGGAGCCCGCAUCCAAGAAGGGGUGGAAUCCCUCGCAGGCUAUGCAGACAUCUUCCAGCGCAAUGUUCUGGCAUCUGGAGUGGUGCCCCAGAUAUCGCUCGUUAUGGGGCCCUGUGCGGGAGGGGCUGUCUACUCUCCCGCCCUCACGGAUUUCGUCUUUAUGGUCAAGGAUACCUCAUAUCUUUUCAUUACUGGUCCGGAGGUAGUCAAGGCUGUGACCAAUGAAGAUGUGACACAAGAGGAGCUGGGAGGUGCAAAAACUCACACCACGGUCUCCGGAGUAGCACACAAUGCCUUUGAAAAUGAUGUAGAUACAUUGCUAAACUUAAGGACCUUCUACAAUUUCUUACCCCUAAGCAGUAAGGACCCUCCUCCCAUUCGUGAGUGUGACGAUCCCUGGGAUCGGAUUGUGGAGAGCUUGGAUACAGUCAUUCCCUUGGAGACCACUGCAGGAUACAACAUGCUGGAUGUCAUUUUGGGGAUAGUGGAUGAGCGAGACUUUUUCGAGAUCAUGCCCAGCUUCGCGAAGAACAUUGUUGUGGGCUUCGGGAGGAUGAACGGACGUACCGUGGGUAUCGUCGGAAACAACCCCAAGUAUUCCGCUGGUGUUUGUCUCCAAUUGUCUCUUCAAAAUGCUUACUAA